CCUCCGGGAGCCCGGGCACGAGCGCGGGGACCGGGCGCCGCCGGAGCAGCGGGGGAACGCUCGCUGGCUGGCUGGCUUACGGCUGCCGCUGCGCUGCGCCCGGCUACCGCUAGCCGGUGGAUGGGGGUGUCCGGCUGAGCCCCGGGAUCCGCGUCCCUCCGCCAGGACCCACACAGGGAAACGGAGCCUGACGGCAGAGGUGGCUGUGUUUGUACUGUGGUGCCAGGAUGGAGGCCCCACUGGUGAGUCUAGACGAAGAGUUUGAGGAUCUGAGGCCCUGUUGCUCCGAGGACCCAGAGGAAAAGCCGCAGUGUCUCUAUGGCUCAUCUCCUCACCACCUGGAGGACCCUUCCCUCUCUGAGCUGGAGAAUUUUUCUUCCGAAAUCAUCAGCUUCAAGUCCAUGGAGGACCUGGUGAAUGAGUUUGAUGAAAAGCUCAAUGUCUGCUUUCGGAACUACAAUGCCAAGACAGAGAACCUGGCUCCGGUGAAGAAUCAGUUACAGAUCCAGGAGGAGGAGGAGACUCUUCAGGACGAGGAGGUUUGGGAUGCUCUGACAGACAAUUACAUCCCUUCACUCUCAGAAGACUGGAGGGACCCAAACAUUGAGGCUCUGAAUGGCAACAACUCUGACACUGAGAUCCAUGAGAAGGAAGAGGACGAGUUCAAUGAGAAGAGUGAAAAUGAUUCCGGCAUCAAUGAGGAACCUCUGCUCACGGCUGAUCAGGUGAUUGAGGAGAUUGAAGAAAUGAUGCAGAACUCCCCAGAUCCCGAGGAGGAAGAGGAGGUACUGGAAGAGGAGGAUGGAGGAGAAAUCUCAUCCCAAGCAGACUCAGUCCUGCUGCAGGAGAUGCAGGCCUUGACACAGACCUUCAACAACAACUGGUCCUAUGAAGGGUUGAGACACAUGUCUGGGUCUGAGCUGGCAGAGCUGCUGGACCAGGUGGAAGGUGCCAUCCGUGACUUCUCAGAGGAGCUGGUCCACCAGCUGGCCCGCAGAGAUGAGCUGGAGUUUGAGAAGGAAGUGAAGAACUCCUUCAUCACGGUGCUCAUUGAAGUUCAGAACAAGCAGAAGGAGCAGCGGGAACUGAUGAAAAAGAGGCGGAAAGAGAAGGGGCUGAGCCUGCAGAGCAGCCGGAUAGAGAAGGGAAACCAGAUGCCUCUCAAGUAUCUGAACACAGUCAUCCCUUACGAGAAGAAGUCCUCUCCUCCCUCCGUGGAAGACCUGCAGAUGUUGACAAACAUUCUCUUCGCCAUGAAGGAGGACAAUGAGAAGGUGCCUACUUUGCUAACGGACUACAUUUUAAAAGUGCUCUGUCCAACCUAACCUCACCUUUGGAGCAGCCUCACUGCGGGAGGUCACUGAGCAAGAAAGUCAUCCCAUCACCGGGAUUGCAUGACACCACGUAACCUCCGGCGUGUAUUUAAACGUGUAUAUCUUAACCUGGAUUAAACAUGAGCCACCGUGUGCGCGCGGGGUCCUUUGCUGUUGGCUUCUAGUGCUAGUAAUCCUUGGAUGCAUGAUCGGGCGCAGGGCCGACGACGCUGCUUCCUCUCCACCCAUGUUGGGGAAGGCAGGUGCCCUCACCACUCAUUAUGUAGUCUGGCUCCAGCCCUCAACCCAGCUUAUACUCUAAGACUAAUUUUGAAAUAAACCUUCAUUUAAUUAA